GACUCGCUGACACGUGUUUCAAGCCGUAUAGGAAGUGCUUGGUAGAGUUUGUGAGAUGCGGCUCCUCCUCAUGCUGUGUAGGACUGUAUGCAGGUAGGUGUUGCAAUAGCUGUCAGCACUAUCACAGCUCCAACUGUAAAGACAUGAUACAGAACUAGGAGUCAUCUGUACUUACAGCAGGAAGGUAGGUGUCCAUGGAACUAGUCUGUAGGCCCUGGAAUUUCAUGUAAUUUUAAGAGUAAUCCUACAGCAACCAGAGUGAUCUGCGAUGGCUUACCUGCCCUUUAAUAUGGAUUGAUUUAUCUAGAGUUAUUCAGAGUUUUGACUUUAGUAAAUUGUCCUGUUUCUAGUGGUUUUAUAUGGUUCCUCAUCUAAUUGAUUUUUAUUUAUUUUUUUAGAAGAAUGAGCAUUGAGUGUGUGUGUGUUUGUGUAUAUAUAUAUAUAUAUAUAUAAUAUAUAUAUAUAUAUAUAUAUAUAUAUAUAUAUAUGUGUGUGUGUGUGUGUGUUCUGCUGUAAACACAUUCAUUUGGAAUUUGGGACUUACUCUUACAACUUCAGGCAACUUUAAGGGUGCAUUAUAAGAAGUGGGUGUAUGUAUUUGUGUACAUUUAAAGCAUAGCUGUCAAAAUAGCGCAAUGAAAAUAUUGACAUGCCAUAAUGAUCUAGUAAUGUAGGGUUUUAACAACGCAGCAGAGUGAAAGCAUCAAAAUGAUUUAAUUAGUUAGGCUACUAAGGGGUACAAUUAGUUUUGAUGGGAGGUUAAGUGGCGCUUAUGUCGUGGCAUCACUUUUAGUCAUGGUAAUGUAAAGCAGCUGUAACACCAAAUCCUCUCUCCUUUCCCCCCUCCCCCCCCAAAAAAAAUGAGUAUUUCAGGAAGAUUAAAAUAUUUGUUAACUGCUCAUAAAGACUGUGUUGGAAAUUCCAACCUAGUCCAAAAGAGAAAACAUUUUCUACGCCUGACAAAAGGCGGGACAUUUUUUUUUGUCAAGCCCUCAUUUGUCACUAGUGAUGACUGAGGGGAAAAAAGCUCUUUAUAUGGAGGAUCCUGCGUUCUGCAGCUUGUGUGGAUAUCAGUGUUGUACUCUUGCACAUGUAGAUGAAGCACCAGGAGUCGAAAAAGACCUAGAAGUAGAAGAUGGCGGUGCCCACGAAGGACAGGUUAGUCUGCCCCAGUGGCCACCGGAAUACAAUCAGAUCAAUGAUCAUCAUCAUCUCGCGGCUUUAAAAAAUAUGCAAAGACCCCAGUAUGUGAACUUUUAAACGUGUUUUUAAAGGGAGUAUAUUUGGAAAGUUAUAGAUAUGAGGCAUUGUACUGUAUUUAUUAUCUGGAUUAAAUGUCAACAUAUUCGGCAGCACUGCAAACCUAAAUUACAAUCUGUUUGUUAAAAUAUGACUGCCCAAUGUUUAUUGAUCGCUCCUUUUGCAGUUUUUUGAAGAUAUGCUCUGCCAUCAUUCUGAGAUCAGAGUUUAAUUGUUUGAUGCACUUAAUCAUGUGAGUGCAAGAGGGGGCACACAAUUUAAAAACAAACUGCACUCAGCUAAACUUUUCAGCUGAUGUGCCAAUUGUUUUCAAGGAAGCAAGGUCAUUGUGGUGAAACACAGUGAGCAAUUCUAGUUACACCACUGCAUUAGCCAAUCAUACUGAUUUCCAGUACAAGAAUCUUCACUAAACUUGGAUAUUUAGCAAUUUAAAACCAAUAAUAUAAUCAAGACCGAAGUAGCCAAGUUGUUCCAAACCAGCUAUUUUAGCUUUAAUUUGCCAUUCUAUUUCAAUUUGCUAAAAUUUGGAGCUUAAUGAAUAACCCUGAUAGUCAGAAAAGCAGUGGUAAGUGCUAACAACCCGUGUGUCUCCCACACAUGAGAUAGAUUACAAAAAAAAGAGAGUCCAUGAGAAAGUUUCUCUCUUUUUCAAUAUGUAGGGAGCCUUCUUGGUACAUUACCUUAUUGGUACAUACGUUAUGGCAACUGAUUUAGAGUAAUAAUGUCUCAAAUCUGUUCCCUUUAUCUCUACUUCGUCUGCAGCCCCCCUCUCCUCUUCCUCAAUCCUAGGCAUGCUGAUGUCACUGUAUGCUUAGGUAUGUGAGCAGGGAAGUGAGUAUCCCGCCUCUCUGCAGGGGGCAUCAAACUAUGAAAUUACACUUCUCUGGGGGAUAGCAGUAGAGUACUAUAACCACUUCAAUAAAAUUAAGUUGUUAUAGUGCCUACAGUGCUUACAGCCACCUCUUGACGUAUCCCCUGACUUUGGUGCUUGUACCCUCUUUGUACGCAUAACACAGCUUGAGAAACUAGGAGAUAGAGGACCUCACUGUUUGGCAGAGAGUGCUCUGUUAAUGCUCUUAAAUGAAAUAAUAGGACUUCUUAGCUCACUGAAGCUAACCAGCAUGAAGCAGGCUGUGGAGCCCAGUUGCCUUGUGGAACGUGGUUACAUUUGCUGAAACUCCUCUGCUGCUGGAAUUGUAACUCCACCUAUGGCAGCAUCAUUGGAGUGUCAUUAGCCAAGUAUGUAAAUUCUGUGCAUAUUCCUAUAUACAGAAUUGCAUUCAUUGGCUGAGAAUGGUCAGGCGACUCUCUCAGCCAUUGAAUCUGCAAGGUAUCCGCAUCUGGCUUAUGCAGCAACACAGGAGACCUGGUGCCAGCAGAGAACCAAAUAAGAGGUCUGACUUGUGCUAAAUGGUUUGUCUGAUUACUGGGAACGAUAACCAGUACAACGUGCUGUAGUGGUUAUGGUGCCAAGAGUGCCGUGGCACCUCCCCAAACGGGAGUUUUGAGUUCUUAAAUGCUAUCCGUCAGUGUCGCUUCUAAUCUCCACUAUAUUGGAAUCGCCAUUUGGACACAAUUUUUUUUUUUUGUGUGCAUGCUGCUGUCCUUUCCAUUCCCAGAGGUCACAUUGCAGAUUGUUUUUUUUUUUUUUUUGCAUGGAUGAGUAACGUUUACAACUGGCUAGAAGCUUAGAUCUCAACAUUUUCAGACCCAUCCUCAUGUUACAUUAUGUGCUAGGAGCAUUAUGACAUAACAUGAUUUAUUUAGCCUCUUGACAUACAGGGGUUGAAAUCAGUACAUUUUCAAUGAUACUUCACCUUUGCCGUUCACUAUUAUUUCUAAAUCUGACUCUGUAGCAGCUAAAUUCGCCACUUAUGAAAACAUCUUAUUGUGACUUCGGAGGUCGACUGAAACAUUACCAUAUACUGACUUUGUUAGCUGUGUUUUUUUGGAUGUGAUAUUAUGGUUUAAUCAAAAACUUGAACUUGCCGACGUGAGAUGUUAUUUAUCAUGCUAGCAGUUGCCGUUUGUUAACAUUUGAAACAAAUGAUUGCUGUUGACAGUGUCAGUCGAAGACUGUUUAGCACUUUGUCAUUUGUGCAUUGUGAUUUGUGACGGGACAGGCUGACAGUAUGUGCUAAUUGUUGCAAUUAACGCUUGGAAAUGGAUAGCAGAAAUGGAUGUGAUCCUUUGUCGCUAGCAUUUUCUUUUAUUCUCUAGGAAUAAAAGAAAAUGUUAAAAACUAACAAACAAAAAAUAAACACACAAAAACCUAAUAGCUCCCAAAAGCAUUUUCCGUUGAAGGUUUGCUUUGUAACACCUUUAUGACAAAGUUUAGUGAGAGCACUUUUACUUUAAUCCCUCAUUACAGAUGACAUGGAAGCAUGGUUAUGAAAGUCACAGUCAGUCUUUCCCAAAUGCAUUGAUUGUAACAACUGAAUUUUAAAAAUUAAAUUGUUUUGCUUUUUUUUUUAACACAGGAAAAGCAGUUCUUUUAAUCUGAAAGGCGAUCCAGUUCAACAACAGUUAAAUAGGUUCACCUGGUCAUUUGCAGCAAGGUGAGCAGUAAAAUUGCUUAAGUGUUAUCUUUACGGCCUCGGAUGAUAGAUUUUUGUAGUUUAAAUGUUUUUUUUGUUCUUUUUAAUAAAUUGUUUUAAAGGACCACUCCACACCCCAAGAUUUCUAUGAACCAGGGAACUCCCCUCUGUCUGUCACUCAAAAAGCCAGGGAGGAUUCCUUCCUACUUCCGUUAGCUUCCCUGAGCUAAUGGAAGUGGCAGGCAAGCUCUACUUAAGUGUGCCUGCCUCCCUCCCUCACAGACCUCAGAUCAACUCGACAGCUUCAUCCCUGCAACCGGGUGCGCACAUGUGCACGAUUUGAUAUACGUGCACUCAACAUUGUGCACGAGCCGGUGUUCACGUGGGGACCAAGUCAGAGGUUUCUCAAUGAGAAGCCUCUGGUUAUUUCCUUGUGAAGAGGCUGCAGUCAUAAGAAAUGCAGCUUUUGUAAUCUAUUUUAAACUAUAUUCCCAAUGAAUACAUACAUGACAAUAUGCAUGUAUUUAUUCCUUGAGGGUAUAUCUACUAAACUGUGGGCUGUUUUGGUGGGGGGUUUGGAAGUGUGGAGUGGUCCUUUAAUUAGAACACAGUUUAUUAAAAUGUUUGUAACGCUUUCAAGAGUGCCGUUCUGUAUGCUGGUUUAUAAUCCGUGCUAUAGUAAUGCUUCUAGCAGUACGGUCCAUGUAUUUGGUGCAGUAGUAUUGCAAAUGUGUUAGGCUUGUUCCGGUUUAUUAAACAGGCAGAAGAUGUCACUAUACCUGGAUUUUGCAUGGUUCAGGCCAAAAUUGUUUGAUAAACGUUCCCUAUCAGCGAAUUUGACCUACAUUUUGCAACAAUCCCAAAUCAAGACAGCUGAUUCGGCAGAGAGAAAUACACUUCAAAACUGUGCAAAUAAGUUUAAAACAAAAUACCUUUCAUUUCUUUGUUUUCAAAUUCUCGUCUGGGACUGUACAGCAGGGUGAAGGCACAGAAACCAUGACAAGUGCAUAUUUGCAAUAGUAUGAUGAUUUUGUAACCUGAAACAGCCACAUAUAACACAAUUUUUUCAACUGCCUUGUCAAUUCUACCUUGUGAAUAAUAAUUAUUAUUAUUAUUAUUGGUAUUUAUAUAGCGCCAACUAAUUCCGCUGCACUAUUUAUUUUUACAAUAAAUGAGACAAUUACACAGUAACACGGGAACAAUAGGUAGAUGAGGGCCCUGCUCAAACAAGCUUACAGUCUAGAGGAGGUGGGGUAUAAAAACACAACAGGGCAGCAAGGGUGACAGCCACCAAACAAAGUGGAAAAGUAGCUGAACUGGAGGUGCGAGUGGAGUGUGGCUCUUUAGGAGAGCAAGAGAUAUUGAGAGACUAGUUUGGGUCUAGCCAGGAGACGUGCCAAACAUCAAUAUAGUCAAAUCACUACACAUAUCACAGUACUUCUCUAAAAAUAGACAGUCAUGCCCAAGGCCAGUAGUCUGCUUGAAUACUUGGCAUCAUAUUACAAAUUAUCACAGGAACCAGGCUUGUUAUAGGACAUUCCUUGCCACUCAACUUAUUUUUAUUCAAGAAUGCCCAAUAGGAUUGACAGUUUGUUUCUCCCCCCCCUCCUUUUUUUUGUAAUCUACAAAUUCCUUGCUUCAUAGCACAGUUACUUCAGAGAUGUUACCAAAUUAAACAAUUUCAGUGCUGUUCAUUGCAUGUGAGAGAAACAUUGGUGGGCUUGAUAUUGUUGUGGCAUUGGGUCAUACAUACUAUAGGUACCCAGACCACACUGAAGUGGUCUGGGUACAGUGUCUAUUUUACCUUUAGUCAUGCAAUGUAAAACAUUACAGUUUUAGAAAAACUGCAAUGUUUAUGUGGCAGAACUAAGACCGCAACUAGUGGCUCUUCUGGAAUGUUACCAGACUUUUGGUCCAGUAACUGACGCUGGAUGUCCUCACAGUUUGCAUGAGGACCUCCAGCGUCAGCUAUAUUUCCAUAGGGGAAAUAAUUCCACGCAUGCGCAUUAGUGACCCCAUCGUCGAGCGUCGGAAGAGGCGGAGCCGCAACACAGCGCUAAGGGACUUUGGUGCUGGGAUCGGGUAAGUAAAUAAAAUCAGGCAGAGAGAACUGUAGUAUCCCUUUAAUGAUUUAGCGUUCUAAUGAUAUGUCUAUAUAUUGCCACCCACUUAUUGUUGCUGAGCAGGUUUAUGACAUAAUGCUUAUUAUGAUAAUUAUUAGGUGUUUGGAUAUCUGAAUCAUUUAAUACUUUUCAAUGGAAAAGCAGUUUAAUUGUUCCAGGAAACAACUGCAUCGUGAAUAUGCUGAUAUACAUACCAAUUAGUGUUUUUUACAAUUUUCUUUUACAAUGUUAUUAAUAUGCUAUUUAGACUACAAUAUUAGGUUUUUGCAGAGUCUUCUUGAAUUAAGUGUGUGAUAUGAUGAUAGGGCAAUGUGUGUUCCAGGAAAGAAUGAAACACUUGAAGGAACAUUUCAACAUAUUGUUUUUUUUCCUCUUUCCUUACUUUUUUUUUUGUUUUGUUUUUUGUAGAAUGGGUAACUUUUUAUCUUCCAGCGCACCACAAUCUGAUAUUAUAAAGAUGGUUAAGGUAAGACCAAUAAAGGCCUGUGUAUACAUUGUAAAGAUCUGCACUACCUGUUUUACAACCACCACCAGCUCUGCUUGAAGGGACAAGCCAAACAAAUUACAUGCAGAUUAAUGCUUAACAGUUGUAUUUUUCAUUCUCUUGACAUUUUUUGUAGUGCAGAAUGAGACAUACAGGCUUGCAAAUUCAGCGUAACAGGAUUAUAUAUGACAAGAGGAACAGGAAACCUCUAGAAUACUGCAUGUUUUAUAAUGUAUCGAUGGGCUGCAAGAGAAAAGCCCAUGCUAUAAAUCUGACUUUAUAUAUAUAUAUAUAUAUAUAUAUAUAUAUAUAUAUAUAUACUCUCUACUUUAAUUUUGCAACAGCCUUGUCAAUUUCACUAUGUGAAAGGAUAUUGAGAGACAAGUUUGGGUCAAGCCAGGAGACAUGCAAAAUAUGAAUAUAGUCAAAUUACUACACAUAUCACAGUACGUCUCUAAAAAUACACAGUCAUGCCCAAGGCUUACUUUAAGAUAAUUAGACAGCUGAAAAGAAAACUUGGUGGGCUCCUGAGUCUUUAAGGUUACUUCAAAUGCCCAUAAUGACUUUUUUUUCACAGUUAGUGAGUGAAAAAUAAAAAUAAUAAAGGGACAGCAGUAAAAUUCUUAAAAGGAAAAAAAACUACAGUUAAAAACCGGGCAUGUGGUGAGGUGCUGCCAGACUCCCAGUACUCCCACUUUUGGUGGGCAGAACACAGAAUCACAUCUUGUUGCCAUGAUAGUUAUCUACCCCCACUCCCCUAUUUGUCAUUCUUUAUAUAAUGUAUAUUGUGUUAGGAUUCACAAAGUGUGAACAGUUCUUGAGCACUGUGGACCAUGUUUUCAUUAAGGAUAUCUCUGUAUUUUGCUGCGUUUAACUUUCCCUCAACACUGACCAGUCUCCCUGCCCCUGACGCUGUACAUCACCCAAAAAGCAUGAUGCCACCUCCAACAUACUUUACCAUUGGAAGGUAUUGCGCAGAUGAUGGCUGGUACCUCGAUUCCUCAAGGCAUGACACUUUGAAGGCAAUACACUUAAAUCUUCAUUUCAUCAGCUAAAAGAAUCUUGUUUCUGACAGUUUUUUGUUUGUUUGUUUUUGUGCAAAUUCCUAGCAGGCUUUAUAAUUUGCAGUAAGGGGAGGCUUCUAUUGAGUCAGUCUGCUAUACAGGCUAGACCAGUGGAAUAUUUCAGUGAUUGUUGUCCAUCUCCACACAUGAUAUCUGAAGCUCACCAAGGGAGACUAUCUGGGUACUGUCACCCAUUUUACCAAAGCCUUUCUUCCCUGGUUGCUUGGUUUGGCUGGGUGGCUAGCAGUAGUAAGAGUCCUAGUUGUUCCAAACUUAUUACAUUUAAGAAUUACAAAGGCCACUGUGCUGUUGGGAACCUUAAAUGCAGCCAGCAUUUUUUUGUAGUCCUCCUCAGAUCGUGUCAUAGCAAAAGUUCUUAAUAUUUAUGUUAAUGUAUACAAGGUUAUUCUUUUUAAUAGCUGAACAUCCAGAGAUACCUGCACUUGUGUGCAUGGUGCUAGCUCUACACCCCUCUUGCACACAAAACUGAACUCUGUUAAGAAUUUUAAUAUACAGUGAGGGAAAAAAGUAUUUGAUUCCCUGCUGAUUUUGAACGUUUACCCACUGACAAAAAAAAUGAUCAGUCUAUAAUUUUAAUGGUAGGUGUAUUUUAACAGUGAGAGAAUGAAUAAUAAAAAAAAUCAGAAAAACGCAUGUCAAAAAUGUUAUAAAUUGAUUUGCAUGUCAAUGAGUGAAAUAAGUAUUUGAACCCUUCGACUUAGUACUUGGUGGCAAAACCCUUGUUUGCCAUCACAGAGGUCAGACGUUUCUUGUAGUUGGCCACCAGGUUUGCACACAUCUCAGGAGGGAUUUUGUCCCACUCCUCUUUGCAGAUCCUUUCAAAGUCAUUAAAGAUUCGAGGCUGACGUUUGGCAACUAGAACCUUCAGCUCCCUCCACAGAUUUUUCAUGGGAUUAAGGUCUGGAGACGGCUAGGUUACUCGAGGACCUUAAUGUGCUUCUUCUUGAGCCACUGCUUUGUUGCCUUGGCUGUGUGUUUUGGGUCAUUGUCAUGCUGGAAUACCCAUCCACGACCCAUAUUCAAUGCCCUGGCUAAGGGAAGGAGGUUCUCACCCAAGAUUUGAGGGUACAUGGCCCCAUCCAUUGUCCCUUUUGAAGCGGUGCAUUUGUCCUGUCCCCUUAGCAAAAAACCACCCCCAAGCAUAAUGUUUCCACCUCCAUGUUUGACAUUGGGGAUGGUGUUCUUGGGGUUAUAGGCAGCAUUCCUCCCCAAAAUCGGCCAGUUGAGUUGAUGCCAAAGAGCUCGAUUUUGGUCUUAUCUGACCACAACACUUUCACCCAGUUCUCCUCUGAAUCAUUCAGAUGUUCAAUGGCAAACUUCAGACAGGCCUGUACAUGUGCUUUCUUAAGCAGGGGGACCUUGCGGGCGCUGCAGUAUUUCAGUCCUUCAUGGCAUAGUGUGUUACCAGUUGUUUUAUUGGUGACGAUGGCCCCAGCUGCCUUGAGAUUAUUAACAAGAUUCUCCCGUGUAGUUCUGGGCUGAUUCCUCACCAUUUUCAUGAUCAUUGAAACUCCAUGAGGUGAGAUCUUAUAUGGAGCACCAGAUCGAGGGAGACUGACUGUUAUUUUGUGUUUCUUCCAUUUGCGAAUAAUCUCACUAUCUGUUGUCACCUUCUCACCAAGCUGCUUGGCGAUGGUCUUGUAGCCCAUUCCAGCUUUGUGUGGUCUACGAUCUUGUCCCUGACAUCCUUGGACAGCUCUUUAGUCUUGGCCAUGAUGGAAAUUUUAGAAUCUGAUUGCUUCUGUGGACAGGUGCUCCUAAUCUCAGCUCGUUACCUGUAUAAAAGACACCUGGGAGACAGAAAUCUUGCUGAUUAAUAGGGUAUCAAAUACUAUAUAUCAAAUAUCAAUUUCUAACUUUUUGACGUGAGUUUUUCUGGAUUUUUUUUAUUUUUGUUAUUCUGUCUCUCACUGUUAAAAUACACCUACCAUUAAAAUUAAAAACUGGUCAUUUCUUUGUCAGUGCACAAACGUUCAAAAUCAGCAGGGGAUCAAGUACUUUUUUCCAUCACUGGAUAAGAGUAACUAAAGCUAGUAUAAUAAAUUGUGGGCAUCACCAUAAAUAGUGACUUAAAUAUGAACAUCGACAAAAAAAAAAAUAUACAAAGUAUUUGACCUCGAAAAAAUCAUAAAUUGAAUCAAUCAAAUAAUAUAAAAUAACGUUUAUAAAAAAACAGGAAUAGUUAGGUGUUCGCAGCCUCUGGUACAAAAUGCCUAAGCAGUAAUAUAAUCUAGAGUUUAUAAAAACAACUAUAUCAAAUCCGUAAAACAACUAGUAUAAUGCCAAAUAUAAUAAAACUAACAAAUAAUAUCCAAUAAACAUCCCAAAUAUAGAUGCUACAGUUUCCAAAAAACACAGAUAAUGCAGCAUGUAGCAACUUAAAAUAAGAAAACAAAAUGAUGUAUAUUACACUUCUAAUUGAUUUUUUGGUGUGCACAUGUUUGUACAACUCUGAACUCUGUUCCAGACUUCCAAGAGUCCAUUGUCUGCAAAACCUUCAUCCAUGAUCAGCAUGGUUUGCAAGACAUUUGUCUCUCCUUCCUACACUAAAGCCAUCACCGCCUCCCUUUUACCUUUUAUUUAGAAAAAAACACUUUCUCCUCCUUUCCUACUCCAUCCUCUCUACUGGCUCGUAGCGAGCACAUGCACUCUGAGCCGGCUUAAUGGUCCAAUCAAAGGCUUCUUUGUGAUAAGUUGUGUUGAAAGCAACCACAUGAUCUUUGCCUGGUGCUGAAUGUUAAAUAAGUAUUUGCUUUGUUUUAUUGUAAUUUUAGAGUGUGGGUGGGUGGAUGGAACCAACCUAAAGAAUAAUGCCCUUUAAGAGGGGGGGGAUAAAGUGGUUGACUGUAAUAGUGAGGAAACCAGAGUGAAUGGAAGGGGGGGGGAAAUAAAGUGGUUGACUGUAAUAGUGAGUGUGACAGACUGCUGGCACUCCGACUGAGUACCUCCGCCAAUUGAUUCUCCUAGUGCUUGUCGAGGACUCCAAGCACUCCACCCGACACCAUAAGCACUGCAGAACCCACUGCGCCGGGGUCUGCACUGCUUAUGGUGUCGGGUGGAGUGCUUAGAGUCCUCGGCAAGCACUAGGAGCAUCGAUUGGCGGAGGUACUCGGUUGGAGUGCCAGUGGUCCGUCACAGUGAGGAAACAGGAGUGAAUGGGGGGGGGGGCAUAAUCUAGAUUCUGAGAGAAAUGGAUGCCGCACCUAUCCUCAGGUCGGUGCCCUGCAUUGAUUUAAGAGAUCCUCCACUGCUCAAAUACAAACAUAUUAAUUUACUGUUUAGUAAUUACAACUUAAAUAAAACAUGGAUGCAUUUAAUAAUGUUUGUUUUUUUUUUCCUUUGGUGGUGUUUCUAAAAACAGCUUUCAAAAGUUGCAGUUCUCUUGUUUACUACUGUUGAAAGCCCUCCCCUUCAUCCCCCGCCCAGACUUUCUGCGGCUGUCCAAUCACAGACUUCCCAAUGCAGCUCAAUAAGAAGACUUUGCAAGGCAGGUGCUCUGGGCGAUUGUUGCCGCUUGAGUUUAGCUCCACUGACCUAAAUAAAGCAGGAAGUAACAGGGGGAUACAACCAGUUUAGUUUAGAAAAGCGCCAAUUUCUAUUCAAUGCUUCACACAAAGCAUUUCAGCAAGCUAAAGUGAUUUAGGGGUCCAGAGUGUUCUUUUAAAUGCUUCACUGUUUCAGCAGCAGAGAAAUCAUGAGCUCUCUCCUGGUACUUUUGUGUUUACUGCGUAAAAGCCCUUUGAUAUUCAUAUACAAGCGAAUAUCUGUUUUAUUGUUAAAACUACCUAAUUUAUUUUAGGAGUCGUCAUCAUGUCUUUAAAUCAUUUUGUUUGCUAAGAGAAUUUACAAAUAAUUUUAUAUUCCAGAGACUUUUAAAUGCUUUAUUUAGCAACAUUGAAAAUGUAAUCUACACUGAACAAAAUUAUAAACGCAACACUUUUGUUUUUGCCCCCAUUUUUCAUGAGCUGAGUUCAAAGAUAUAAGACUUUUUCUAUGUACACAAAAGGCUUAUUUCUCUAAAAUAUUCACAAAUCUGUCUAAAUCUGUGUUAGUGAACACUUCUCCUUUGCCGAGAUAAUCCAUCCACUUCACAGGUGUGGCUUAUCAAGAUGCUGUUUAGACAGCAUGAUUUUUUCACACGUGUGCCUUAGGCUGGCUACAAUAAGAGGCCAAUCUAAAAUGUGCAGUUUUAUCACACAGCACAAUGUCACAGAUGUCACAAGUUUUGAGGGAGCGUUCAAUUGGCAUGCUGACUGCAGAAAUGUCCUCCUACGCUGUUGCCCGUGAAUUGAAUGUUAAUUUCUCUACCAUAAGCCGUCUCCAAAGGCGUUUCUGAGAAUUUGGCAGUACAUCCAACCGGCCUCACAACCGCAGACCAGCCCAGAACCUCCACAUCCAGCAUCUUCCUCUCCAAGAUCGUCUGAGACCAACCAACCGGACAGCUGCUGCAACAAUCAGUUUGCAUAACCAAAGAAUUUCUGCACCAGCUGUCAGAAACUGUCUCAGAAAAGCUCAUCUGCAUGCUCGUUGUCCUCAUCGGGGUCUCUACUUGACUACAGUUCGUCGUCGUAACCGACCUUGAGUGGGAAAAUGCUCACAUUUGAUUGCGUCUGGCACUUUGGAGAGGUGCUCUCUUCACGGCCACGUGUUGCAAGGAUCUGUACACCAUUACUGGAAGCUGAAAACAUCCCAGUUUCUUGCAUGGCUAGCAAACUCACCGGAAACGUUACCCAUUGAGCAUGUUUGGGAUGCUCUGGAUCGGCGUAUACGACAAUGUGUUCCAGGUCCUGCCAAUAUCCAGCAACUUCGCACAGCUAUUGAAGAGGAGUGAACCAAUAUUCCACAGGCCACAAACAACAACCUGAUCACCAUUUGCCUCACGCAGUGCAACACAUCUCCUUCACAUAGAGUUGGUCACACCAGAUACUAACUGGUUUUCGGACUCCCCCAAUACAGUAAAACUGCACAUUUUAGAGUGGCCUUUUAUUGUAGCCAGUCUAAGGCACACCUGUGCAAUAAUCAUGCUGUCUAAACAGCAUCUUGUUAUGCCACACCUGUGAGGUGGCUGGAUUGUCUCGGCAAAGGAGAAGUGCUCACUAACACAGAUUUAGACAGAUUUGUGUACAAUAUUUGAGAUAAAUAGGCAUUUUGUGUACACAGAAAAAGUUUUAGAAACUUUUAAUUCAUAUUUCAUGUUUAGGACACAAUCCUAGUCUUUUCUCAAGACCUCAUGUGCAUACCACAAACUCAAAUAUAUAACAUAAACAAUGUAAUCACUAAACUUACUCUGUAGACAUAUAUCUAUCUAUCCAUCUAUCAAUCAUUUUAUUUUUUUUAUUCCAGGACACGGUCUCUGAGAAUUGUGUGGUGAUCUUUUCAAAGACUUCGUGUCCUUACUGCCAGAUGGCAAAAGAAGCGUUCAAUGAUCUAAAUAUAAACUAUAAAGUGGUAGAGUUGGACCAAGAAGAACAUGGAAACCAAAUUCAAACCAUUCUUCAUAAAAUGACUGGAGCCAGAACUGUAAGUAUCACAUGCAUAUGUACGUAACAAUUGAUAUUACGUUACUAUGUGCGUAACAUUGUGGCAAUGGAUUAAAUGCCGCAGAGUUAAUAUGGCUACGAAAUUAGAUGGAGGGCCAGAAAGAGCACGUUGAGUUGCAUAUGUAAUUUCAUAUAAAAUAGAUAAUACAGGUAAGUGACAGUGUGAUAAGGAUUUGAAAUGUAAUUAAGAUGAUUAAAGGAACACUACAGUCACCUAAAUUACUUUAGCUAAAUAAAGCAGUUUUAGUGUAUAGAUCAUUCCCCUGCAAUUUCACUGCUCAAUUCACUGUCAUUUAGGAGUUAAAUCACUUUGUUUCUGUUUAUGCAGCCCUAGCCACACCUCCCCUGGCUAUGAUUGACAGAGCCUGCAUGGAAAAAACUGGUUUCACUUUCAAACAGAUGUAAUUUACCUUAAAUAAUUGUAUCUCAAUCUCUAAAUUGAACUUUAAUCACAUACAGGAGGCUCUUGCAGGGUCUAGCAAGCUAUUAACAUAGCAGGGGAUAAGAAAAUCUUAAUUAAACAGAACUUGCAAUAAAGAAAGCCUAAAUAGGGCUCUCUUUACAGGAAGUGUUUAUGGAAGGCUGUGCAAGUCACAUGCAGGGAGGUGUGACUAGGGUUCAUAAACAAAUGGAUUUAACUCCUAAAUGGCAGAGGAUUGAGCAGUGAGGCUGCAGGGGCAUGUUCUAUACACCAAAACUGCUUCAUUAAGCUAAAGUUGUUCAGGUGACUAUAGUGUCCUUUUAAUAAUGGUCUGGACAGGUAACCGUGUGUUGGAAUAAGGAAAAAAUGUCUACCAAUGCUGUGAAGAGUAAUACCUCUAUGCAUAUUUAUUGGAUAUACAGGUUAUUUGAAGCCAGAAUGUGUUAGAAUGCUGGAUGAAAUUGAUUAUCCCUUUUAUAUGAGAUGGAAUAUUUAUAUUUGGAUUUUCUUUUGUUAGAAGGGGGUGAUUAUGGUUUCAACAGAUCUGCCUUGACUAAAGGGUUACCGCAAGCAACAUGACCAUAGUGACUUGAAGUGGUCAUGGUGCCUGGAGGCUGCAUAUGUAGUGUUUUUGUAAAAAUAAACUUUGCUGCCGGAGGUGUAUGUCUACUUCUAGUAUUGUCAUUAGGCAACCCGGAACAAGAAUUCUGGGCUGGCACAAGUUUAAUCUGUGCAUAUUUUACGUCCAUCGCUCGCACAGCAUGCUGGUGACAGAUGACUAAUUGCGGCAUAACUCUACCUUGAAACCCUGCCAGUAAUAAGCUAAUAAUGAGACUUCCCAGCUCUCAUGAGUUGACUCAAUGCGUUGGAAUGUUACUCAUGAUGUGAAGGGAUUGUUUCCUAGAGCCAAACAUUAGCCUUGCAAGUCCAAACAGUGUCAUUGUCUGUGCUGAUCGGUAUUGUGCACAGCCGUGCAAUCCAAGCACCAGAUAGCAAGGGGACAAAUUGCUUUUUGGUUCUACAUGAACGCGUAUUCAGGGAGCAGUACCUGCAAGCCUCUCCAUGUCUUGUAAACAUUCUGAGGGUGGCUCUUUACUUGUAGGUAAAACUUUGAGCUCUGCUUUAGUAUCUUGGUACCAUAAGCAGGUUAAAUAUGCAUUGUGAAGUGUAGUUUGCAGGAGAAUCCCAUUACUGACAAAUAUUAUGGUUCCUCGUCUCACAAUCUGCCAGAGAAGUACCAGUUCAUGCUGCCACCUUGUGGCGUGCAUAUACAAUUACAUCCUCACUACAUGUUUUUUGUUUAUUUUUUUUAAAGGAACACUCAACUACAAUUAUUUAUAUAGCGUCAAAAUAUUCUGCAGUGCUGCAUAAUAGGUAAAUGUUACAAAUUGUGUAUGAUGUACGGAAACAGUAGAUGAAGAUGGCCCUGCCUAAAUGAGCUUACAAUAAAUAAAAUCUAUAAUGCUGGGGUUUUGGGAACUCUUCCAAAUAUAUUGUUAAAGGAACACUAUAGAGUCAGGAAGACAAACGUACCAUCUAGCCCCUGAGACCCCCUUGCCUCCCUAAAUAUAGUAAAAUCUAACUUCUAUUCAAGUCUGAAGCUGCUGGCACUGCCCCUGACCUGUCUGCUGACUUCAUCAGAAAUGGUGGUCUGAACCAAUCCCAAUGCUUCCCCAUAGGAUUGGCUGAGACUGUCAAGGUGGCAUAUCAGAGCCAGAACCAGCACAAGUCAAACACAGCCCUGGCCAAUCAGCAUCUCUUCAUAGAUUUCCAUUAAAUCAAUACAUCUCUAUGAGGAAAGUUCAGUGUCUGCAUGCAGAGGGUGGAGACGCGGAAUGGCAGUGCUACUUACUCUUCAGGACUGCCCCAGGAAGCACCUCUAGCAGCCAUCUGACGAGUGGUCAGUGGAGUUAUCACUAGGCUGUAAUGUAAACACUACAUUUUCUCUGAAAAGUCAGUGUUUACAGCAAAAAGCCUGAAGGUAAUGAUUCGACUCACCAGAACAAAUACAAUAAGCUAUAGUUUUUCUGGUGACUAUAGUGUCCCUUUAAUUACCUUUUAAUCUAGUGAUAAGAUGAUUGGAGACCAUAUUAUGCAAUUAGUUGAAGCCAUCUGCAAGUUUGUGAAUACAAAAUAAUUGCUGCAAACUUCACUUUGCAAUGCUGCUGCUUCAGAUGCUGCUCCUGCUGUAAUCCAUAUUUGGUUUCAAAUGAGAACUUUAAAAAAGGCCGUCAUAUUUAACCUUUCUUCAUCCUGUUCUUUUUAACAAGGUUCCUCGGGUUUUUAUUAAUGGAUCCUGUAUUGGAGGUGGAACGGAAACUCGGAAGCUUAAAGAAGAAGGAAAGUUAAUAGAACUUGUGCAGCAGUGUGGAAUCAGCGCAGCAGGAAGCUGAUCGCUCUGUGCAAUCCGACUGUUCAUGGUCUACCUCACAGUGUUUAAGAAGACCUACAAUGAAAUGGCAACGUUGUUUAUUUUAUUUUUAAUUUUAAUCUUGUGCUAUAACUUCAAGGGUAUUGGUAUAAUUUUGAGCAUUGAUAGAUAUUUAAUAAAUGUCCUUUUUAAAAUGCAGCUCUCAAGAAAGUAACAUCGCUCUGCAUUCCUUAUUAUUGGGAUCAUUUAGAAGAUUGGCAGUUUUAAUGGCAAAUAUGGGGUUAUUGGGUACAUACAUGGUGAAUAAGGUACACUAUAAUCCAGGUUACAUCUCUAGCGUUUGAGGUCUGUGUUAAUUAGGGCAUACACCUGUACUAGAUGCUGUGGACUAUUACUCUCAUCAUUCUUAGUCAGGCUAAGCAGUAGGAGUUGGUCUAUAGCAUCUUCCGUGUCCAUCAGGGUUGGUGCGCUACGCUGUAUUACAGCUUCAGGAUAAAGGUUAAAACAUAUAAUGCACUUUUUCAGCCAGUACACUAAAGGGUUACUCCAGCCACCAUGACCACUUCUGCUUUUUGAAGCUGUCAUUGUGGUAGGAGGCUGUAUGUGCAGCUUUUCUGCUGGACAUGUAGAGAUAUUGUAAUAUGCAGUGUUGUAUUCUCGACACUUGACUUAGACAGCCCGGAAAUAUAUAUAUUUUAAGUGCCCAGUUUGACAACUUAGCUGGGGUCAGUUGCCGCCUCCUCUGCAGCAAUAAACCAACCGUGGCGGUGCAAGGAAUAAGCACACUUCCUGAAAUCUCUUAGCUGACACUUGGCAAAUGAGCUAGCCCUACACUGCUGGACAUAGCUAUGUGUAGGGGAUGACCGAAGCCUGUUGGAACCCAGGUAAGUUGUCAGACCAUUUGCAAACUGUUUGACUACGUAAGAUGGAAAGGUGUUAGGGCACUCCUGGCACCAUAACCAUUACAAUGUUUAGUAGUGGUUAUGGUGUUUGUAGUGUUCAACUAAUUGUAAACACAGUUACUUGGAAAUACAUUUACAAAUAUAUAUAUCUCUCAAAACAUAAAAUAAUUUUGGUGCAUACAGUUUUUGAAUAUGCGGUAUAUAAAACCUGUGGUGUAUUUACAUAACUAAAAACUGUGUGGGAUCGUUAAGGGAUUGACAAAUUUUAGGUUAUAAUAAAACACAAAUGUAUAGUAACUUUUUUUUAAAGUCAUUUUAAGUACCAUUUAUUCCUGUAUACAGUAGUGCCUCAUUUAUAGAUGCUUGUUUGCUUUUUAAACAAUGUAUUUACUUUGAUAUUCCUUGGAUAUAACACACCUCUAUACCUUUAUUGAUAAUGUUACAGGAAUCCCGAAUAUAAAGUAACACUAAUGACUUUGCCAGGAGUGUAAUUCACCAAUAUCUGUACAACUAUUAAACCUCAAACUAAAGACUGCUAUGGUGUUUGGCUGUGGAAGACGUACAUGUUUCCUGUUUGGGCCAGUGUGUAUGUGCCUUUCCAUUUUUGAUUGUUUUGCUGCAGUACCAUUUGACCUGUAUUCCUUGGUAUUGAGUCAUUACUGGUACUGUGUUAAAUGUUCAUUACAUACUCUCCUUAUAAUUCUUUUAAGUGGUUUCAAUAAAAAAAAUUGGUUUGUCUUUUUAUUCUUUUGUAUUGUUUUUUUUUUUUGUAUCAUAAUGGAUUGUACAUGUUCCAUAUUGGUACUGUUGAGAGCAAUAUACACUUCAUAAAUCAAUUUUUGAAGACUACUACAGAUUCCUGAAGUGUGAUUUCAAGAUUAAUUUUAAAAUUUGGUACCACAAAAUGAGAAAUGGAAGAACAUUUUCCAAGCCCACAGUAUUUUCAUUUGAAAUUCACUUUGCGUG